CGACGACGGACUGCCCGCCCAAUGCCUCCACAUGGCAUCCCGUCCAUCAGGUUGUUCGGAUACGGGUAUCCGGAAUCUGCUCGCCGCGGUGGGGCGGUGCGAUGGCCAACUCGCGGUACGAGUAUGUGCGCAACUUUGAGCUGCCGGACCCGGUCCUGCGCAACACGUGGAUCGUGGUGCGUGUGGAUGGCCGCAGCUUCCACAAGUUCACCGACACCCACGGGUACGCCAAGCCGAACGACGCGCGAGGGCUGCAUCUCAUGAACCGAUGUGCAAAGACAGUCAUGCACGAGUUUGGCGACAUCUUCCUCGCGUACGGCCAGAGCGACGAGUACAGCUUCAUCUUCAAUAAGACGUCCAACUUGUACAAUCGGCGGUCGACCAAGCUCGCGUCGACGGUCGGGUCGCUUUUCACGUCGGCAUUCGUGUUCCACUGGCCCGAGUACUUCAAGUCGACACCGCUAGCGUAUCCGCCUUCGUUCGACGCACGCGUCGUGAGCUACCCCUCGACCAAGAACAUGCGAGACUACUUGAGCUGGCGCCAUGUCGACUGCCACAUCAACAACUUGUACAACACGUGUUUUUGGGCCCUCGUCCAAACAGGAGAUGUAUCUCCGAAGGACGCAGAAGCGCUCCUUCAGCACACGGACGCCAAGGCCAAGCACGAGCUCCUCUUCAGUCAGUUCAACAUCAACUACAACGACGUGUCGCUCAUGUUCAAACGGGGGUCGACUCUCUUCCGCACGCCCGACAAAUCGAUCGCAAUUGCCCACGUCGACUUGAUAAAGGAUCAAGCGUUCUGGACGGCGCAUGUCCCGCUCCUCGACUCGACCCACCCCGACAACUCGUAACCUCGAAUACACCAUCGUCCGUCCGCCACAAAUGUGUGGUCAGUGUGCCACGUGCGGAUGCUGCGUUCAAGCCAA